ACGCCCCCUCCUUGCGGUCCCGCCUAGAUCUCCCCUCUUUUUUUUGUCUUGUUUUGUUAAUGAGAAAGUCUCUCCUCCUCCCCAGCCGCUGCUGCCGCCGCCUCCUCCUCCCGCGCGCUCCGGCUCAGUCGCCUAGGCCAGGCGUUGGUGGCGCGCGCUCUCUGGCGCGCUGAGCCAGCCUUGGAGCCGUGCCUGCCUGCGCAACCAGCCUCUUUGCGCGCGCUCGCCUGCUCAGGCUGCCUUCCGCGCGCAGGUGCCGGGGGCUGCCCUAGCUCCGGCCAGCCUCCAGUCUGGUUCCCUCCCUCCCUCCCUCCCUCCUCCUUCCCUGGACGCCGGCUCGGCUUCCUUCUCAUCUGGCUCUCCCCCCGCCUCCCCUCAGGACUGGAGCGUCGCUGGGAAGCAGAGGGGUGGGCUCGAGGAGGAGGAGGAGGGGGGGGCAGAAAGAAGGAGAAAACGAGGGAGGCUCCCUGUUAGCAGCUGCAGCAGCAGCAAGAGCAGCAAAGCCCCCUUCGCACGUGAAGAGCCGGGAAGAAGGGCCAAGGAGCAGCAGCAGCAGCCGCCGCCAGCCAGCCGGCCGGCCAGCCUCUCUCCACUACUUCUUCCUGCUGCUGCUGUGCUGCUGUUGGACAGCAAGAGCCGCGGCCCGGCCGGAGGAGCCCCGCUAGCCAACUGACUCGCCUGCCCUGCCUGCUGCUGCCCUCCUGGCAUUUGCCGCCUCUUGGCUGUGCCGAGGGAGGAGGGGCCUCCCCUGGCCACCCUGCCUCGCUGCUCCGCGCGCUUCUUCCCGGUACUCACACUUCUCCCUCCACCCCAGAUGUGAUGUCCGGCUAGGCCCCCCCCACCUCCCCCCUUAGGUUUGGGUGUACCUUCCUCCCUUCCCUGCCCCAGUUCAAGACCUCCCUUUCUCUCCCCCCACCCACCCCCUCAGCCGUGCCUCCCUGCCCCGCGCCCCCCAGCCGGGUCCUCUCUCCUCCUUCCUCCUGCAGUUGCAAAAGCCCUGACUCCAUCCUCCCACGCCUUCCCGUGCAAGGUUUCCCCUCCAUCCUCCCAGCAUCUCCCUGCGCCGAGAAACUCUGAUCCACUUUUCUCCCCCAAUAAGAGGAUCUCCUCUCCUUUCACUUUGUCCCCGCUCCUCCUCCUCCCCCCCCCCCUUCCUCCUUUCCGCAGCACUGGAUCGCACUUUGGUUCUCUUGCCUCCCGGCUGUCGCCUCUUUCCAGGACACCCUGCUCGCCUGGCUUCUCCACCUGCUCUUCACCUCUGCUCCUAGUCCAGCGUUUCACCACAUUGGGGAUCUGCCUUGGGUUUGAGAGCCGGGGAGGGGACUUGCUGAACCCCCUCCCCAUGCCUUUGAUCGCCGCCUGCCUGCCUGCUGGUGUUGGAUGUUCAGAGGAAGAAACGGGAACUUAGUGCAGUCCUUUCUUCUGGGGGAUGCCGGUGGUGGCCGUGAUGAUGACUUGAUGCUUGGCUUUGCCAUGGAUGGGAUGACAUGCUUCAUGGUUGCCUUGGUCACGCUGGUGCUCUGUUACCCGGGUCCACCUUGGUGCAUUGCCCGUCGCCUGGUGCUUUGGACGGGUCUCCCGGUGCUGCUGCCUCUGUUGCUGUCUAUGCCGGCCUCUCUGGCUUCCCCAGUAGCAGAUGAAUUACAUUUGGAUCAGCAGAAUAUUUCCUCACUUUUGCCGAGUCAAAGCACUGUGGGCAGUAUGACACACGUAGCCUUAACAAAAAGCACAAUGGAUCCCACAUCAGACAGUGUGUUUCCUGAGGGAUUGUUGUUACAUGUUACCUCUCCUUCUGAGGUGACCACAUUGGACCAAGAAGGAACAAGCAGAGUCUCAGCUGGGCAACAUGUGCCAAUGUUGGAUCUUUCAGUAACAAGCAAUGAGGCUAUCUUAAGUGAUGAUAGAUUUAUUAGCUCAUUCCCAAAUGCACAACAGACUCCUUCAUUAAAGUCAUUCACAGAGGAUUAUAAUUCAGGUUCCUAUCCAGUGAAGCCAACAAAAGAAACAUUACGAACUUCGUUGCUAGCUCCUUCAUUACUUAGCUUCUCUUCGCCACUUGAUGACAUGGAAACACUGCAAACAACAUUGCAGGGGACUCCCCUUCUCCACACUGCUUCUCUCUCAUAUUUGAAGCCUUUUGACAUGACAGGUGUAACUCUUACUCCAAGCAGAGAUUUGCUGAUAGCCACAACUGACUUAUAUUCUGUUGUGUCUCAGGCUAUAGAUGCAAUGGAUGGAAAGGAUGGCGGAAGUCUGCUGUCUUACGUACGUUCCUCGACGUCUUUGCUUUUUGAUACUACUGCAGAAGGGUCACCCUUGUUUACGAGACAGCUAAAUGAGGGUACCCAAAUUAUGCCAGGCAUUUUAACGAGUAGUACUGACACAUACACUGAAGUCUACUCUAGUGUGAAUAGCACUAUAACAGGAACUCUCAGUCUAAGGAGCUCAUCUGUUGUUUCUAAGGAAAUGCCUAUUUUGUUACCUUAUGUAGGCACUGCUAUGUUUUCAAUUCGUCUUCCAUUUGUUUUCCCCUCCACUCCUCCUGCUACCAUCUUGACUGUCUCUAAUGGUCUUUCUAAUGGGGAAUUGUUUACACAUGAGUUUCUCCAUAAAUCCUACAGUAGUACAGCAUCAGUUUUGCCUGGCAGUUCAGAAAUACCAACCCAAGUUGCAUCCUUCAGUGACUUCACAAGCCCAGUGCCUUUCGCUAGACCAUUUGCUUCAUGUGAAUACUGUGAUUUCACCUCAGUUUCCUCAGAGCCAGUUUUUUCAGUUGGGCCAUCCGAAAAUGAUGUGGGCUCGGGUGAUUAUGUAGAGACACUGUCAUUUGUGGCCUCUGAAGUAAUAAAAGGUGUUGCACUGCCAACGUCGGUAGUGAGUGACGAGUAUGACAUGCAGGAGUCUCCUCCCGAAGUCUUUGAUACUGCUUUCCCCUCAAGACCUGUUCUUUCUCUCUCUUCAAGGUUUACAGAAGUCUCCAAAUCAAAUGCUAUGGACAUUAGCCUUAACAAUUUAUUUACAUCAGUUUUCCCUUCCUAUGGCCAGUCGUCUGAGAUACUAUCAUUGGAAAGCACUUCUGUCAGUUUACCCUAUCCUGUGACUGAAAUUGUUAUAUUAACAUCUAGUAUUACAGAAGAGCUACCCUCUGCUGUCACCACAGUUCUCCUCGAGUCAGCCUUCACUAAUGUGAGCACACCACCCAUGACAACCAGGAAUUCAAGCCUGCUGGAAAUACCUGAAUUUAUGCCAUCAGAAUCGACACAUUUUGUUGACAAAACAGUUGUGGGCUUCCCCUCAGAAGAUUCUUCUGUGAAUAGAUCAGAUAUUCCACCCAGCCUUCCAUUAACACCCUCUGAGCCGAAUGGCUUGUCGCAUUUAUCAUCCCUUUCAGCUACAUCUUUCUUGAUAACACCAAGUGAUUUCUCAACAUUUUUACCUCAGGAUUCGCCCACGUUCCUUCCGUCAUCUGUGCUUGUUGACAGUUUUUCUAGUUUGGGUUCAGCUGAGCUCCCGCCUGUUGAUAUCACAAGCAUAGAGCCUUCAUGGCCUCCUUCAUGGCAAUCUUCAUUUUUUAAUUCAAACUCAUCAUCUGUUCCCGUUACACAGAGUUCAACAACAGUGCCAUUGUCAAGUUUCUGUAUGAACUCCACCAUGUUACUGGAACCAACGUCAAUCUUAUUGGUGGAAUCUGGAUUUUAUUUUACCUCUGCUUUCACAGAAACUACCUCCCAAUUUGAGUUGUCAUCCUUAGCCAUUGAUGCAGUUGUCCCUACACUGGUGCUGCCCACCUAUGUCUCAGAGCCUGUCUUCAACAGCAAUAUUUUGGUGGAUGAAACACAUGUGAUCUCAUGGUUCACCACUUUGCCGGCAACUCCUGUUUUGACAUCUUCAUCUCUUUUCUCUACUACAACUACUGUUGAGGAUACUGGUGCUACUGCUAACCACAGUUUGUCUGCUGCUUCUCCUGAGGCAGCUGCUACCACAGCAUUUUUAACAACAAUCCCAUAUAUGCCGCCAUUGACCACAGAUACAAGCAGCAUGGCAGUUUCCUCUACUGAAUCAGUGGGUGUAGUAUCCUCACAUAUCCCUACAGAGAUACCUUCAUCCCUGAAUACUUCAACUGAAUCUGGCAUUCCAACAAGAACUAGUGUAACUGAAUUUACCAGUAGGACAACCUCAACUGCCACCACCUCUAGUAGCACAAAAGACCUUUCUACAACUACCAGCAGUGCUCCAAGUUCUCCUCCAUCAUCUUCAUCCUCUGCCGCAGUUACCACUCCAAGAGUUACAAUGGCAACCGCCCCAACUACCACAACCAGACAACCCUAUGUUUGUGAUAUCACAGUCCCUGAUAAAUACUUAGUGACAGCUGUGCUGGCCCGAAGAUCUGUAUUAGAAAAUGUCAGCGAAUCCAUCAAAGAAAUCCUGAGAACUGAGUUCAGGAGAUUAGUAGAACUAGAGGUAUAUAGAUUUUCACCCAAAUUCUCUUUUCUGGUGACCUCGGGUCCUUUUGUUUACACAGCAAUUGCUGUCAUAAAUGCUCUUGUGAACAGCAACCUUCUCCGUGGUCCGUCACCUCUCAUUUCAUCGCUGCAGUCUUCUUUUCCUGCUCCAGAUCGCAGGUUUCAGGUGCAAACUGUGCUUCAGUUUGUGCCGCAGAGUAUUGACACUGGCUUCUGUAACUUCAGUCAGCACGUAGAAAAAGGACUAACUGUUGCAUUUGGGGAGGCAAGAAAACAUCACCUGGAAAUUUCCAACUUCACUGUGCAGAUUCUGAAUAUAACUCUGGGUAGGUCUAGAGCUGUGUUUCGGCAGGGGCCCGUGCAAGUAAUUUUUGCUAUCCAAGAGAAACGUGGAUUCUUGAAUGGAUCUGAAGUCAGUGAAAUGCUAAGGAACCUCUCGGUGGUGGAGUUCAGUUUCUACUUGGGCUUUCCUGUGCAGCAGAUUGCAGAACCCGUUUAUUAUCCACAACUAAACACAACCCACUUGAUGAAAUCUUCCUGGGUGAGAACAGUUGUACUGGGUGUCAUCAACAAGAAAAUUCAAGUAGAAGUAUUCCAAGCUGAGAUGGAGCGGAAGCUGGCUCAGUUAUUAAAUGAGGCCUUGGGCAGAGGACGGAUAUGGAGAAGAGCAACUUUUGCUGGGAAUAACGCUGUGCAGAUUGUGAAUGUGUCACGAAUAGAGGGAGUUGACAGCCCAGUUAUGCUGGUUUAUUUUGUGGAGGAUCAAGAUGGGGAAAGGCUCAGUGCUGUGAAGACGUCUGAUCUGAUUAACAGAGUGGAUAUCCAGAGGGCUGCCAUCAUUCUAGGAUACCGCAUUCGUGGCCCGGUGGCACAGCCUGUGGACAGAAUCAAAGACUCGCCUCCCGAGUCUCAGAACAACCUCUGGAUUAUUGUUGGCAUUGCAGUCCCAGUAGCUGUGGUGUUGCUAAUCAUCAUCAUUUUAUAUUGGAAGCUCUGCCGCACUGACAAACUGGAAUUCCAGCCAGACACCAUGAGCAACAUUCAGCAGCGACAGAAGUUACAAGCCCCAAGUGUGAAAGGCUUUGAUUUUGCGAAGCAGCAUUUAGGCCAGCACAACAAAGAUGACAUCCUGAUCAUCCACGAGCCAACCCCUCUCCCGGGACCAAUCAAAGACACCACCCCCUCUGAAAACGGUGACCUGCCAAGCCCCAAGACCAAGAGCUCUUCAAAGCCAUCCAAGAAUGUUCGGCACAGAGGGAGAGUUUCUCCCUCCGAUGCCGACUCUACGGCAAGUGAACAGUCCAGUGGUCGAGAAACUGGAGAAGAAACUUCAAGACCACAGACAGCUGCAAAUGAGGUCAGACCCCACAGAGUCAACAAGACUGGAGUAAACAGAGUGGGCCCUCCGCAGAUCAGUAAUGGAACGGAGCAACAUUCUUCAGCUUCCAUCUUUGAGCAUGUGGACAGAAUGUCACGAUCCUCAGAAGUCAGCAGGAGGAUCCCUAGCAAGAUCCAGUUGAUUGCCAUGCAGCCAAUUGCAGCACCUCCAGUUCAGAACCAGCCAAUUUCUGACAGAGUAGCAGAGACCAACAAAAUUAACAAGGAGAUCCAGACAGCUCUGAGGCAUAAAUCCGAAAUUGAGCAUCAUCGCAACAAGAUCCGACUCCGAGCCAAGCGCAAAGGGCACUAUGAGUUUCCGAUAGUGGAUGAUAUGGUUAUCAUUGACACCAAAGACCAGCAGAGAAUGUACCGCAAGGCACAGAUGCAGAUUGACAAGAUCUUGGACCCUGGGGGAAACAUGCCUACUGUUUUCAUAGAGCCCAGGAAGAGUUCACGGGCCAAACGUUCUCCAAAGCAGCGUCGGCGGCAUCAGAUCAAUGGAAGCCCCAUGGAUGCUGACAAGGACCGGUUAAUCACGACUGACAGUGAUGGAACAUACAAGAGGCCCCCUGGGGUCAACAACUCGGCUUACAUUUCUGAUCCUGACCUUCCUGCCGAACCCCAGACGCCUUCUUCAACUGAUCUGGGGAAAUACUCCGGCCUGCCACCAACCUCGGCUUCAUACAUCCCUCCUCAGCCAUCCAUUGAAGAGGCCCGGCAGACCAUGCAUUCCCUCCUGGAUGAUGCAUUCGCCCUGGUAGCCCCCAGUAGCCAAGCAACGACUUCUGCAGCCAUCACACACCCUGGAGGGUCAGGGGGACAGCCAACAAACAACACUCCUGUCCGAGCAGCACGGGAAACCCCAAGCAGCCAGUGGGGGUCACCAUAUGGCCCAACUCACACGAGAUAUAUGGAAUUUGGGAUGACUCCUCCAUCAGCACCAGGCCUUCUGCAGAGGCAAAGCCUGGGUCCAGGAUUUCUUCCACCUGUGGAAUUAAUGCACCCAGACCAGCAGCCGUCUGAUGUUCCCUAUUCCACCAGAGGGAUCUACGCAGAGGAAAUGCCUUCAGUGGCACGGCCGCGGCCAGUUGGAAGCACUGCAGGUUCUCAGAUACAGCACCUCACUCAGGUGGGAAUUGCUAGCAGGAUCGGAGGUCAACAAGUGGAGAUCCCCUCAGGCAGAGCAGGGCAUGGCCAGCCGGGGGAAGCAGGGUGGCCUCUGUAUCGCGGAGAGGAUGAAUAUGCUAGGAGAGAUGCAACACAUACGCCUGGACAUCAAGAAUAUUCCUCCUCACCAGUAUUCCAGAUGCCGAGGACUUCAGCCCGACAGCCCUCAGCACCACCUGUUCAGCUUCCACACGACAGCCACCAGGGCCCGAGGCUCUGCUACAACACCAGCUCCACUGAGGACCUCCAGCCGGGUCACUCCUCAGCCUCACUCAUCAAAGCAAUCCGAGAGGAGCUCCUCCGGCUCUCUCAGAAACAGACAGUGGUGCAGAACUUCCACAGCUGAUUUGUCCUCUCCUUGCAAAUCUACCAAGUAUCUGCUUCCUGUGGAAGCAAGAUUCAGAGGGAAUCGGCAGGAGCCUGUGCUUCUGUCAGAGAAGUGAGCUUGAACAGUCCUAGAGAUUUUGACACUACAGAAGAAACACUCAGCAGCAGCAAGCAAGAGAAAAGUGUGUGUGUGUGUGUGUGUGUGUGUGUGUGUGUGUGUGUGUGUGUGUGUGAGAAUUGUGAGGGAAUGCUGGGAAGGAACUGUAGGGAUCGGAAAGGAAUCGUAAGCAGCAGUCUUGCACUUCCUGCUUUUGAGCAUCUGAGAGGCAUUAUAAUCCUACGUUGGCUGGGACUGUUAAAAUCAUUGAACGUUCUGGCCCCAAACCCAAACACUGCAAAGAAGGCAGUGCCACCCGCCUAAACUGGCUAUCCACUUGAACAUGAGACUCCUUGUUUGAGAAAGGAAAGGAAAGCUUGCAAGAUAAAUCACCCUGUUUUUUUCAUGAGAGGAUCCCAUCAUUUCCAACACCCCUGGGAAAGUUGGUUGUGAGUGCUGCUGACAAGAUGGUGGUGUUUUCUCCCCACCACCCCCAGCUACACAAGAGGCAGUGUUGAUCCUGGGUAAUAAACUACUUUAAUGAAACCAUUUUAAGACUCCUCAGACAAAGAACUUGGAGCAACAUGUGAGCAAACCAGAACGAUAGUUGUUAAAUAUAGCUCUGUGCUUCCAGAUGGAGCCAUUUUCUGCACUCUUUCUUGUUGUUAUUCUGGUGCUGAAGCUUCAAAGUGUCCCUUCAUCCUGAUGUUUGCAAAGUUGAAACUAUGGCCUUUAAAAAAAAAAAUGAAAAACAAAACUGAAAACCAAGGAUAUAAUCAUAUACUGUAUAUUCAUUCAGGCUGGGUAAACAAAAUAUCCCUUUUUAUAAGCAAGAGAGUGAAGACUUAUUUGGUAUUAAUAAUAGUAGUAGAUGCUUUGAUAAGUGGAUGGAAAUGUUCAGGGCAGUUUCACAAGUGACACAGAAGACACUAUUGUGCAUGAUGACCUACAUUAUUUAACUGAGCAAUGUGAAGAGGUGAAGUAGAAAUGAAACACAGGGCUGAAACAAAUGGGCUUUUGUAGGCCAUUGGGCCAAAAAUCAUCAGUGGGCCUCUAAUUCUGCCUUUUCAUUUACCUGCCUCUCUCCACUUGAAAGGUGCAUACCAAUGAGGAAGAGUAUAUAACUAGUGCAGUCAUGUGCCUCCAAAAUUAUUUUUUCCAUGCCAUUUCAGUUGGGCCCCACUUACAUCUGUAGCACUGGCCAUGUAGACAGAUAAAAACAAGAGCAUUUCAUAUUGAAUCAUUGUCCUGCUUCAAAUUUCCAUGAUUUGACCAAUUAGAAUUUAAACUUAUUGCAAACUCUACUAUAUUUUAGAUCAGGAGAGGUCCCAGAAAAUAAAAAACAGUCCUGUUGAAUCAGGCCCUAGACCCAUCUAAUCCAGCACCCUGUUUCACACAGUGGCCCACCAGAUGCCUCUGGGAAGCCCACAGGCAAGAGGUGAAGGCAUGCCCUCUCUCCUGCUGUUGCUCUCCUGCAACUGGUAUUCAGAGGCAACAAACUGGAAUUUGCCACUGGUCAAGUACAGGAGGACCUCGAUAUUCACGGGGGUUCCAUUUCACAACACAACUGCAGAUAUGGAAACCACGAAUAUUGAGUCAUUGUGGAAAUGGGGAAGAAAACAUCAACAAAACUUCAAAAAAAAUUGAGGGGGGGCAUGCAAGGGAAAGCUGCCUACUGUACUUAGCUGCUCCCCCUGAGUGCCCCGGAAUGCCCCCAGAUUGGCCAGAAAAUGCUGGUUUGGGGUUUUUUUUUUCCUUUAAAAAGAAACCAGAGCCAUUUUGAGGCUCUGAGACACAAAAUGGCAGUUGGAAUUGAUCUCCACUGUCAUUUCCAGCCACCCCUGACCCACGGAUAUGUGAGGUUGAUGUGUGCCCCCCCCCCUUUCACAUAUGCCGAGGUCAGGUGUCUAUUACCCAACUGCGGAUAUGUGAAUCUGCGGAUAACAAAUCAAGGAUAUCAAGGUUCAACUGUAUACUCUUGAAUGGGAGCUACAGGAAAUCCUUGGUUCUCUCAUUAGUGUGCCUAUUAGAUUAAAAAAAAAAACAUGCAUCAUGUUUUUACGCGUACCCUUAACAAAAUCAUAGAUGUACACCUAAAAACACAAGGAGCCGAUUCUUACGACCAAAAGCUGGGUAAGAGGAGUGUCCAGCCAGGAUCUCAGACUCACGCACAGCCCCGAGAACCAGUCGUAGGUUGGCAAAAAUCAAGGCAGGAGAGGAAAAUCAUUGUGUGUUAGCUGCAAUCUAGGUAGGGAUGGUAUGGCCGACCAACAUCAUUUACCCAAUUAAUGCCACUUGUGAAAAUCCCCUCCCUGUUUGAGAGCGUAACAGUGGUGCGUUCCACUUUUUGUUAAUUUGCCAAAGGUCAUGAAUGCAGAUGUGCUACUGUUCUCUUACCAGAAUAAAAUACACGAGUUUGUGGUUUGAAAUGAGGUAAAUAAAGAAGGCCAGCCUGGGUGAUAGCCCAUCACCAGCACUAGUUGAUCAUCAACUACACACUGCAUUUGAUUCUUGAUAAAACCUACGAAAAAACAAAACAAAACAUCCCAGCAAAACUUGUGAUAAAAGACCAUUUUAGAAUAACAAAAGCUUAGACUUCACCAGUAGAGGCAAUCUCUGCAUUUGUACGUGUUCCUACUGUUAUGACGGUACAUGCCAACCAGGCAUCUGUCACUAGGUUUUUACAGAAUUUUGAUUUUACUGUUAGUUGUGAGAUGUAAUUUACUGUCAUAUGGCCAUGGCUUAAUUGUAACCUGCGUAAUACGAGUGAAAAUUCUAACUAAAUUAUUUAAUUUGUUGGA